UACAAAGGCUUUGUGAGGGAAUGGCCUAUAUUGGUUAAACUGGGCCCAUUUUAAGAGGCUCAGUUUUCUACCAAUGUUUUGGCUGCCCGGUUAACGAAAAGCCCAAAGGUAAAGAGAUCCGUGUUUUGGUAGCCCAUAACUAAGCCCAAAUCGGAGGCCCGGAGUUCAUUUCCAGUUCCAACUAGUGUCUUCGUCCCGCUUGGGAGGCAGCAGGGGUUUGAAUUCGGUCUCAUCACACACAGCAAACCCCUAAUUUUUGAAGUAGAAGUGGGGAUAGAGAGAAAUGGCGCUUCAGCUAUUGGGGCGUAGCAGGAGCGUGACGAAGCGUUCGACUAAGUAUUUGGACGAAGCUUUGUACAAGAGACUCUUCAAAGAUGGAAGCUCGGAAGUGAGUGUUCGACAACAGCUCAAUCAGUUCCUCAAGAGCCGAAAGCGAGUGUUCAAAUGGGAGGUUGAUGAUACCCUCAAGAAGCUUCGCAAGCGAAAGCUUUACAGCCCCGCUACCAAACUCUCGGAAACUAUGGCAAAAAGGGGAACGAAUAAGACACUCAGUGAUCAGGCUAUUCAUCUUGAUUUAAUUGCUAAAGCUAGGGGGAUUCCUGCUGCAGAAACUUAUUUUGUUGAUCUUCCUGAAUCUUCAAAGAACCAUCUGUGUUAUGGUGCACUACUGAAUUGUUACUGCAAGGAAUUGAUGACCGAAGAAGCUGAAGCUCUUAUGGAGAAGAUGAAGGAACUCAAUCUUCCUCUAAGCUCCAUGCCUUACAAUAGCUUAAUGACACUUUAUGAAAAAACAGGGAAGCCUGAAAAAAUACCUGCCAUCAUACAAGAAAUGAAGGCUAGCAGUGUUGUGCUGGAUUCAUUUUCAUAUAAUGUCUGGAUGCGGGCUCAUGCUGCUGUCAAUGACAUCUCUGGGGUUGAAAGGGUUAUUGAUGAGAUGAAGAGGGAUGGCCGAGUUGUCAGUGAUUGGACGACAUAUAGCAACUUAGCAUCAAUUUAUGUUAAUGCUGGCUUGUUUCAGAAGGCAGAAAAUGCCCUCAAGGAGUUGGAGAAGAAAAACACACACAAGGAUCUUUUUGCUUUUCAGUUCCUGAUUACAUUAUAUGGUAGAACAGGAAAUCUUCUUGAAGUUUAUCGUAUAUGGCGAUCUCUAAGAUUGGCUUUUCCCAAAACUGCAAAUGUAAGCUACUUAAACAUGAUUCAAGUGUUGGUUAAUUUAAAUGAUCUACCUGGGGCAGAGAAAUGUUUCAGGGAAUGGGAAUCAUGGUGCUCAACUUAUGAUAUUCGUGUUGCAAAUACUAUUAUUGGAGCAUAUGCUAAAGACGGUUUACUAGACAAGGCUCUGGAGCUGCAGGAACAUGCUCGCCGAAGAGGGGCCAAACCCAAUGUGAAAACCUGGGAGAUCUUUCUUGAUUAUUAUUUGAAGAAUGGAGAUUUUGAAUCAGCAGUUGACUGCGUUGGCAAUGCAGUUUCCACUGGCCGAGGAAAUGGUGAGAAGUGGAUUCCACCUGCUGAUAUUGUCAAUGCUUUGAUGCAGAAUUUUGAGCAAGAGAAAGAUGUAGAUGGCGCAGAAGGUUUUCUGGAGCUUUUGAAGAAGGUUGUAGAUACCUUAGAGGUAGAGGUGUUCGAAUCAUUAAUAAGGAUUUAUGCUGCUGCUGGAAGGACAAGCCAGGUGAUGCAUCGUAGGUUGAAAAUGGAGAAUGUAGAAGUGGGUGAGGCCAGUAAGAAGUUGCUUGAGUCAAUAUGCGUGGAGUGAUUUUUCUUCCAAAAUCUCUGCUUAUCAUUCUCUUAGACUCCCGUGACUAAAGAAUGUGCCAGUUUUCUUAAGUAGAUUGAUGUACCCUGUUAGGAGAAGGCCCCAUUGAGUAAUAAGUUCUUUCCAUUAAAGUGAAGAUGAUUCGCCCUCGAUCACCAAGUAUCCCAUUUUUUAUAGGAGCAAGGUUAAAGCUGUCUGCGGCAAGAGGUUAUCAUUGUCGGGAAGUAUCAAGGUCCAGUCUUGUGGCCCUUGGACGAGGCAUGUGGGAUGAUCAUUAAUCAAAAGAACAUAGUCAAACGAUUUGAUACAAUUAUACCAGUCCAACUCUUAAUACUAAGCUAAACAUUUUUUUCUAGUUUUUGUGUGUUGCCAAGUUUAAUUUUUUGUCUCAUUCGUUUACAGUGACUUUUAUCCCUAUGCUCUUAAGUGGUAUGGCGUUAAUAAGACUGCCUUGGCAUUUGGCAAUGUCUGGUAGAAUCUAAUGCUUAGAUCAUCCUGUCUUGUAAUUAUCUGCAUGUAAUUUUUCAAUGAUAUUUGGUUUGGUGGGGCUGACGUUGAUUGGGCCUCCACAUUGUUUCUUUC